AUGAUUCCAGCGGUUCAGAAAUUACAGUACCUCAAAUUGCACCUUUCCGGUGAACUAGAGCAUUUGUUGAGAGCCUUUCAAGUCACAGAAGAUAAUUAUGUUCAACAUGUUGAGGGAAAUUGUGACAACAAGCGAGUAUUAUUAUAUCAGCGAUCUUCAUCACAUUAUAGACCUAUACAAAACGAAGCUAGUAAGUACAAGAAUAGUUACGCUUUGCAUGCUGCUACGGAUGCAACGGCGAAUAGUAACCCACUUUGCCUUAUUUAUCGGGGCCCACACAAGUUGAAACAAUGCAAAAGAUUUUUGGGAUUAAGACAAAACAAAAGAUUGGAAGCUGUUAAAGGUAGGGGAUUGUGUAUCAACUGUCUUAAUUCUGGACAUAUGAUGACCACUUGCCCUAGUCAACAGAGUUGUUUUAAAUGUCAUCAACGACAUCAUACCCUAUUGCAUAGGGACAACGAAGAAAUUGGGGAUCGAGGCCUAUCACGGCGACAGCAGCAGACCGCAGUCGCGUCACAACAACAUCGGCUAAUCAUUAGCAAAAGUGGAUGUCAUCAUACGAGAUCUAGGGGAUUCCAAGCAGGUGCUCAAGAAACUUCGGCAUUGGUUCUCAAGAAACUGACCAACUUGCUACCAGAGCGUAAUAUUCAAACCAAGGAGUGGUCACACAUAGACGGAUUGAUCCUAGCUGAUCCAAGUUAUUUCGCGGUGGGAAAAAUAGAUGUACUCAUCGGAGCAGACAUUUUUGGCCAAAUUAUUUUGGAGGGACUAAGAAAGGGUCCCCCUGGUGCACCAAUUGCUCAAAAAACUAUUUUUGGAUGGAUCAUAACGGGCAAUGUCGAUCAACAAAGUGUCAACACGACAUCAAUAGAGAAGUUCCACAUCCAAUCCGAUUUAGAUGAUAGUAUCAGAAGGUUCUGGGAGUUAGAAGAAGUACCGGAACAAACAAUAUUUACAGAGAAGGAAUUAUUGUGUGAAAGUCAUUUUUCUGAAACAUUUCGUAGACUUGAGGAUGGACGCUAUAUCAGGUUAAGUUACCUUUUAUACCAGAUGAGCGUCCCAUAUCACUCGGAAGUUCAAGAUAAAUUGCGAUUGUCAGGCUUUUCGGUAUGGAGAAGCAAUUUUCAAAAAAUGAGAGAUGAACCAUAUGGAGCAAGUGAAUUCAAUGGAAUUAAAAAAUCAACGACAACAAAUCAUCUCGAACAUCACGGCGUCAUAAAGGAAAGUAGCUCAACUACAAAACUACGAGUGGUUUUUGAUGCAUCACGGCCUACUUCAAAUGGUUCAUCAUUAAAUGACAAAACAUUAAAGGGCCCGGUCAUACAAGAUGAUUUAUCUACUCUUCUAUUACGUUUUCGAAAAUAUAAAAUUGCAUUUACAGCAGAUUUGGAGAAGAUGUAUAGGCAAAUCCGAAUCGCACCGCAACAUGCCGAUUGUCAAAGAUUAGUCUGGAGAGCUUCUCCGAGUCAAUCAAUUCGGGACUACAAAUUAACUACAGUAACAUUUGGUACAAAAUCAGCACCGUUUCUAGCAACACGAGUAUUAAAACAGUUGGCGAUAGAUGAAAAGAUAAACUAUCCUAUUGCAUCAAGAAUAACGUUGGAUUCAUUUUAUGUGGAUUAUCUGCUGUCGGGUGCGAAUUCUAUCGAAAAGGCAUUGGAAAUGCAAAAACAAUUAUUGGACAUGAUGGCUUCCGGCGGACUCUCAUUGCGCAAGUGGUCAUCAAACGCAGCUGAGCUAUUAGAAGCCCUUCCACAAGAACAUCGAGAAAUCAAUUGGCCUUUAAAAAUUGAAGAAGCUGAAAUAUUCAAAACAUUAGGCAUACAAUGGGAUCCAGCAAACGACCAAUUUUCGUAUAAAAUUUCCCUACUAGAAAAUGAUUCACGGAAAUGGACAAAGCGAACAAUAUUGUCGGAGGUUUCAAAACUAUUCGAUCCUCUCGGCUGGUUGGCACCUUGUAUCAUUAUAGCUAAGAUAAUGAUACAAAAAUUAUGGCUUUUAGGUUCAGGCUGGGAUGAUGACGUAGAAAGGAGCUUGCACGAUGAAUGGCAGAUUUACAGGAAGACUCUUGUUCAUCUGGAAGCACUACGUAUAAACAGGUGGUUCUACUAUUCAACAUCGGCAAAUAAAAUAGAACUACAUGGAUUUUGUGAUGCCUCGAUAAAGGCGUAUGCUGCGGUGGUCUACCUGGUUGUCAUAGACGAAAAGGGAGGCCGAAAUACUUGUAUGUUAACUGCAAAAUCAAAGGUGGCUCCGAUAAAAACAAUAUCUUUGAUAAGACUAGAGUUGAGCGGCGCAGCAUUAUUGGCGAAACUUAUGAAAUAUGUCCAGCGAGUAUUGAAAAUUCAAAAUAUAUCGAAGGUGCAAGCUUGGACAGAUUCAGAGAUUGUGUUGGCUUGGUUGGGGGCUCACCCGAGCAAAUGGACAACGUUUGUAGCAUAUCGGACCGCUGAUAUACAUCACACACUAGGCAAAAACAUAUGGCGUCAUGUACCCUCAAAGGAAAACCCAGCAGAUUGUGCUUCACGGGGAAUGCAUCCACCAGAUCUUAUAAACUUCAAAAUGUGGUGGAACGGCCCAAAAUGGUUACAGAAAUCAGAGUCACACUGGCCAAUUAAAAUACUACUCCAAGAUACAGACAGCGAGGUACGGAAAUCAACUCUAUGUCACAACACGAUCAUAAAUGAUAAAGAAUGCAACGAGAUUCACGAAUUGGAAACGCGAUAUUCAUCAUUUACGAAACUCAUCAAUGUGACGAGUUACAUCAAAAGAUUCAUCGCCAAAGUAACCAAAAGGAGUCUAAGUUGCAAUACAUUCAUAUAUAUUCAACAUAAACAUUUUUUACAAGAAGUGACACAAUUGCGGAAAAAGAAACUUAUUCAUGCAAACAGUCGUUUAACGAGGCUUAAUCCUUUUCUGGAUCAAAAUGGAAUAUUGAGAAUGGGUAGCAGAUUGCGACACGCAGAUUUGAAUUACGAUGAGAAAUUUCCGAUUAUAUUGCCCGAUAGAAGCCAUUUUGUGCGACUGCUUUUAGAAAAAAUUCAUCGCGAAACUUUACAUGGUGGUGCUCAACUUAUGCUCAACCAUCUUAAAAAGAUACUCGGAAAUGCGAAGUUGACAUAUGAGGAGUUUUCAACGGUCCUGAUUCAGAUUGAGGCUUGCCUAAACUCUAGACCUCUUUGUGAAAUUAGCAGAAAUCCAGACGAUUGCACGGCCCUAACACCUGGGCAUUUCCUGACUGGUGAUGUAAUUAUUACACCACCUGAACCUUCAUUGCUGGAUUUAAAUGAAAAUAGAUUAAACAGAUGGCAACUAUUACAAAAAUUACAUCAAACCUAUUGGACACGUUGGAAUAAAGAAUACCUAUACCGAUUGCAGCAGCGUCCAAAAUGGACUAAAAGAACUGACAACAUGAAAAUUUCUGAUUUGGUUUUACUCAGGGACGAGAAGUUGCCACCAAGCAGAUGGUUGAUGGGUCGAAUAACAGAGAUUCAUCCUGGUCCUGAUGGACUUGUUCGAGUUGUUACGUUAAAAAUGAAGGAUAAUAUGUUGAAGCGCUCGAUUGCAAAUAUAUGCUUACUACUAGUAGAUACGAUGGAAAAUUAUGAUGAAACCGAAACACAAUCAAUCGAGACCGAUUAA